UUUACUGCGGCUGCCUGAAAGGCUCAGUAACACGGCAGCUUGUUUAAUACGCGGCUUCACCGGGACUCGGAAACACGGGGGGCGGAAAAAUUCAGCCCGAAGAGGCAGGUCGGUACCGUGUCGGCACUCAAGGAUGGCUUCAGGGGAGCUUUACGAGGUGGAACGGAUCGUGGACAAGCGGAAGAACAAAAAGGGCAAGUGGGAAUAUCUAAUCCGAUGGAAAGGCUACGGGAGCAAAGAGGACACGUGGGAACCUGAGCAUCACCUGCUGCACUGUGAGGAGUUCAUCGAUCAGUUCAACAACCUCCGCCUGCACGACCGGCGCUCCAAGCCUGCCAAAACCAGCACACACGCCAGGGUCCGGGACACCUCCAGAUAUCAAGGGGAAACACGGAAAAAGAAAAGGACUAGCGGAGGAGGAGCCCCGGGACCGGGUGUCCCACAUAGACCGCGGAAAAUGAGCGGAGGGAAAGCGUCAGGGGACAGAUUGAGCAAACCUGUGACUUAUAAACGAGUGAACGCAGGGCUUCAGUUCGUUCCUCCGAUCAGGCGUCCUACAAACGGGCUUCAGAACGGAGAAACGGACGCAGUGCAUUACAGGACUACAGCCAGGACACAGAGCAUCCCGAGCAGCCGGGUGGAGAGGAUGAUGGGAGAGAUGGAGAUGGGCGGAGCAAAAGCCCCACUCAGAGAUGAAUUAGGUUCGCCGCUACCUAAUGGAGACGCUCAUUUACACAGUUCAGCCAAGCGGAAGCUGGCAGAAGACAGAGGCUACGUUUUUGACAAGAGGCUGAGGUACAACGUCCGGCAGAGUGAGACGAAUUACAGAUUCAGGGACAUCGUAGUGAGGAAGGAAGAAGGUUUCACACACGUCCUGCUGUCCAGCCAAACAUCAGACAACAAUGCACUAACACCAGAGAUCAUGAAGGAGGUGUGUCGAGCUCUGGGCGCGGCGGCGGUGGACGACAGUAAGCUGCUGUUGCUCAGCGCGGUGGGCAGCAUCUUCUGCAGCGGCCUGGACGCCUCGUAUCUGAUCGGCCGCCUCUCCACCGACCGCAGGAAAGAGAGCAGCAGGAUCGCUGAGGCCGUGAGGGACUUUGUAAAAGCCUUCAUCCACUUUAAGAAGCCCAUCGUGGUGGCCAUCAACGGUCCUGCUCUGGGUUUGGGCGCCUCCAUCCUUCCUCUGUGUGACAUCGUGUGGGCCAGCGAGCGGGCCUGGUUCCAAACCCCGUGUGCUGCACUGCGCCUCACGCCGUCCGGCUGCUCCUCAUACACGUUCCCUCAGAUCCUGGGAGUGGCUCUGGCCAAUGAGAUGCUGUUCUGUGGGAGGAAGUUGACGGCGCAGGAGGCGUGUAGCCGUGGUUUGGUCUCGCAAGUGUUCUGGCCGAGCACCUUCAGUCAGGAAGUGCUGCUGCGGGUGAAGGAGAUGGCGACCUGCAGCGCCAUGGUCCUGGAGGAGUCUAAGUGCAUGGUGCGCAGCAUCCUGAUGUCCGUGCUGGAGGAGGUGAAUGAGAAGGAGUGCCAGAUGCUCAAACAGCUGUGGUGCUCCACCAAGGGCCUGGAGGCCCUUUUCGCCUACUUACAGAGUAAAGGUUACAACGCCUAAACAUCUCGCGUCAUCAGCGUGACCGCAGCACCACCGCACCCACCUAGAGCAGACGAUGUCAUGUACUUUGAAUGAAAUGAAUAUAAGCCAAGAAUCCAUGUUUAUUAUUAUAAUAAUUAUCAUUCUAAUCAUUUAUAAUCCAGACUGUAUCAGAGGGGUUCGGUUUUCCCGAGGAUGCUUCCAGACCAGCAUUCAAAACACUGAUAAUUCUAUCACUUAAUGAAAUGCCUUUUAACGUUGUCGUUCUUUAUUUAUUUUAAAAAACCAAGCCAUUUUGCAUACAAGUGCAAACAAAUAAUUCAAUAAUCCUGUGUAGAUGUACAGUGUAGAUAUGUUUGGUUGUUUCAUAUAAUUUAUUGUCACUCAUGUCUAAUGGGGUGAGUUUCAUACCAAAGGUUCUUGGGAAAUUAUACUAAUUAUUAUUAUAAUUAUUAUCCUUUUUUUUUUUUUUUUUUUUAAACGUUAAACACAUCCCUGUCGUCCACCAUCGUCAUUGUGGUACGCGCCAUGGCGACAGUGCGGUAGUGAUGGGUUUGUGAUGAAUUGUAGAUGGACUUCCAUCCUUCAGGUGUUUUUGUUCUGUUUUGGGUUUUUUUUUUUUUAAACGUUUUUAUUAUAAAGUUAUAAAGACGAAUCCGUCGUCCUUUUGUUAGACGCCAGUUACCGUUUCUGUCGUCAGGCCCUGAAUGUGAUGAUCGACUCUCUUCCUGUUUGAUUGGAGGGAUGAAAUUAUUCUUUUAAGAACAGUAGGUGCUUCAAACAAAACAAAAACAAAACAACAACAAAAAAAAAACAUUAAAAAAAAAAAAAAAAAAAACAUUUACAGAUAUCUCAUGCAUUAUUCAUCCCUGUUUCAUAAGUCUAUGCAAAUCCAAUAACAGGACAUUAUGUUGGGGGGUUUUUUUGUUAUGUUUUGUUUAGGUUUUUUUUUCCCCCCUAUACUUAUCCCAAUUGCAGUUCUGAGCAAUGCAUCACUUACUGAAGUUCAAAAUGAAGUGAAGUUAUAUUGUGACAGUCUUAAAGAUAAUGAGAUAAAGGGAAACGACGCUGGAUUGUAACGUCUGCACUGCUGUUGGUCCUGUUGCUCUGCUCUAAACUGUGCAUUUUUCGUUUUUAUUUUUUUUUCUUUCCAUGAACGUUGAGUAGAUGAGUAGCUGUAAGUAUUAUAAAGAGCCUAUAGGAAGUUCUCGAGUUAUUCGGAAGAAUUCAUGUUUGUCCCCCUCCAUACUGACCCCUUAUAUUUUCCAUUACGAGCAAAAUCAUGAAUCAGGAUUUGAUUGCUUUUAAAUAUUUUUUAUUUAUUUAUUUUUGCACCAGCAUAAACCCAAGCGUGGUAAAAUCAAUUAAUCGUAUUUCACUUAGGUCAACAAAAUCAUACCUCCAAAAAAAAAAAAAAAACACACUCGAAUCUAAAGAAUUGUAAAAAAACACCAGCUUUUCUGCCCUUCUUCGAUUACACCCACGCCCCUGAGUAUGCUGUCAGGCUGUGAUUGGACAGUGAUUGGACAUUGAUUGCAUUUCAGUGAGGAACUACUGCAAUGUAGGAGAAAGUGAACACUUAGUUAUGUUCACUUCUGACACGAAAUCAGUGUUUAAUUCUUUAAAAAGAAAUCCCUUUUCAUGGUGGAGCAAUGCGAUGAAGGUUUUGGUCUUCCUGUGUAGUCUCACGUUGUCCUCACGUCGCCGAAUGGUUUUUUUGGGCACGGAAACUUUAUAUGGCAGGUACAAGCGCAUCCUGUGAUAACAAAGUUAAAUAAUAAGUGAAAGUGAAAAAUCUCAAAAGAAUGAACUCUUUGAAGCUUUUAUCAUUCUAGACUGAUUGUGAUAAACGGUCCAAAAAAAAAAAAAAACACAAACUCACAUGUAAAUGACAUUUUUCUGCUAAACAGUAAAUCAAAGUACUGUUAGGCGGCUUAGUCCGUAUGUUGUCUCCCUUCAGUCUUCUCUUCAGGAGGUGAAACGCUGCUCAGCUGGGUUAAGGUGUGGUGGAAGUCCUUUGAUGAGUCGGCAGUGUGUUUUGGAUAGUUGUCUUGCUGCAUGAUGAAGUUCCUUCACUUUAGAUUGGAUGCGUUUCUCUGUAAAUUGACAGAAUUCAAUGAAUCCGUUCUGCUGCUGCCAUCAUGAGUUCCAUCAUCAAUAAAGAUUAUUAAGCCUGUUCCAGAAGAAGCCGUGCAAGCCCAAUCCAUGACGCUACCACCACCGUGCUUUAGUGAUGAGCUUGUAUGCUUCGGGUCAUGAGCAGAUCCUUUCUUUCUCCACACUUUGGCCUUUCCAUCACUUUGGUAGAGGUUAGUGUUGGUUCCAGAACGUUCGUGGCUCAUCUUUAUGUCUUUGCGGAUUCCAAUCUGACUUUCUGAUUCUUACUGCUGAUGAGGGGUUUGCAUCUUGUGCUACGGCCUCUGUAUUUCUGCUCUCGAAGUCUUCUUCAAACGGUGGAUUGUGAUACCUUCACCCCUGCCCCUUGGAGAUUGUUGGUGAUGUCACUGACUGUUGUUUUUGGGUUUUUCUUUACAGUUUUCACAACGUUUCUGUCAUCAGCUGCUGUUGUUUUCCUUGGCCGACCCGUUCCAUGUCUGGUUGUCCGUACACCAGUGGUUUCUUUCUUUUUUCAGGACGUGCCAAAUUGUUCCAUUGGCUAUGCCCGAUGCUCGUGCAAUUGCUCUGAUAGAUUUUCCAUCUUUUCUCAGAUUCAAAAUGGCUUGCUUUAAUCCCAUAGACAGCUCUCU